AUGACACAUCAGUUCGAUAAAAAAAUAUCACCGAAUCGAUUACAGAAAGUAUCUGGUAAUAGUAUGAUAAUAUUUCCUGAUUUAAAUACUCGACAAAGUAAUCCUAUUAAUCGAUUCAAUCGUGUCUCUGUUCAACAUAUAAAUUUAAAUUCAAACUCAAAUGUACAUUCAAAACAACCUGAGCAAAUUUUUGUUAGUGAUAAAGAAAAAGCAGCACAAACAGGACGGUGGAUUUUAAAUGUUAUAGCGGCUAGAGAAACAUAUCAACAAUCAAAAUCAGUGAAUAAAAAUGAAUGGUAUACAGAUAUAAAACAACAAUCAUCCAGUAAGAAAAAACAUAGUUUUACAUCGAGAAAAUCCAGUAGAGUUGAACCAAUAGAGAUUUUAUCAUCUCAAUUUAUCAAUACAAAAAUUCAUCCUGUACAAAUACCAAAUAACAGAAAUUCAAAUAUCAGUCGAUUACCACAUGAAAUGAUCUCUAGUCCAGCGAUGAUCGAAAAUGGUCAAGCUACUCCUUUGUCUAGUUUUUCUAGUGCAACAUCUAUUGAUGAUAUUCGAACAAUAGAAGAAUCGAGUGAAUUAUCACGAACACAAUCAAAAGAUUAUUCAACUGAUGAAUCUCAUAAUAGUGAAAAAUCAUGUAUAUCGAAACGAAUGUUGAUUAUCUUUUCAAUAAUAGCAGUAAUUGUUAUUAUUGGCAUAGUUAUUGCUGUUUUUGUAACAAUAUUUGUGGGAAAAAAUGGGUAA